UAUUAUAAUGAUAACGUGUUAUCAAAAACUCGUGUCUCUAUCAGUCUUGUUUUUUUGUGAUUCCAAUUCCUUCUUCCUUGGCUUUUACGGGCCAUUUAGGUCCAUUGCCGCAGCAACCACUUGCCUCCAUCUAUCUCUAUUUUGAGCUAUUUUUUUUCCGUCAUUCACUCCCAGUCUCGAUGCAUCUUUUGUAAUCCUGUCAGGAUUCUAGUAUAGCUAGUCUAGGCAACCAUGCAGAGCUCAUACAAAAACUGUUAUAUUAGAAAUUACAACUCAAACACGUUAUGAAUACAAUGUUUACGGAAAAACGAAAACGUCGCGGCAUUCGCGGUCGAUAAAACGAAAAUGAAUGAAUGAAAAUUAACGAAAAAAAAUGAUAAGAGCGCUAUCGUAACGCGAUUAUAAGUAAUUUGUUGCGCUAUUCGUUUCGUUUUACCUGGCAACACUGAAUAAAAGUGACGCGUAAUUUUCGUUUAUCGUCCACGAAUGCCGCGACGUUUUUGUUUUUCCAUAAUCAUUGUGUUCAUAACGAGUUUGAGUUGUAAUUGUUUACCGUUCUUCAUUUCUCACAAAUUCUGUGAAAACACUGAACAUUUUUUCCCCCGAUUUUCAUUUGUUUCAGUCCAGUUCAGUCUACGUUAAAAAUUGUAUUAACAGAAACUAAUAUGAAGGCAAGAUUAAACUUGAAAGUAACAAUAUUUUUGUUUUUACUUUUUACCAUGACUAUCAUACCAACAAAUGGAAAUAAUAGUAUAGCAGAAAAAGAUGGUGGUUUGGAUUGGAACAGACCAUAUUAUAUUUGUGGAGAAAAAUUGAUAAGGGCUGUGUCAAUUAUAUGUCAUUUUGUAAUGCUCAAUGGAAUAUCUAAAGAUUUUCAUUCACUGAUAGAACAGUCUAACAAUACCUGUUGCUCACAUCUUUGCACUUUGAAUUCAUUGAAAAUGUUCUGUGAUUAUCCAGACCAUGAAGAAGAUUGAUUUAUUUAUUAAUAAAAGACUUCAGAUCAGUGUUGUACUGACAGAAAAAUUAGCACCAUG